AUAACUCAUAACUGAAAAAGAUAAGACACUUACAGCAGCUCGAAAUGCUACAGUUUCUGUUUACGAAAUCACCUUCACCAACGUCAUCAACAACAGCUUCACCGGCAACAAUCAACCUUAAUGUUUCCGAAGCGGGGAGUUUGAUGGAAGGUUCUCCUGGGACGAGCACUCAGCCCUCACCCGCUAAUUACAUAACUAGGUUAUAUUCCCUCAUUGUCCACUCCACUUCCUACAAUGAAGUUCUGUCCAAGAUUCACAUUCUUGAUCCCAACAACAUCGACCAAGUUGAAUUGCAGAUUGAAGAUAUAAAUGGUAAUGGAGAUGAGGAUCCACACCAACAGCUUCUGUCGCAAGUCCUCCAGCCCAGCAGAAAACGUGUACAAGAGGCUCUUAGCAUUGCAAGCCCUAAUACUGUAACGCACCUUGUUUCUACCUCCUUCAACCAUACUGAGGACACUGCCAACCUUUGUCUCCUCCUUCUUCAAAGCAUCUAUCGUACCCAAUCUCUAUAUGCACCUUUCCAUGAGCUCCUUGAUAUUUUCCCCAUUGACCAUCACUCCGUCUCUCAAUCGCACUGCAAUAAUGCUUUUGAAGUCUUUGUCCAGUUUGAUUGUGACUGUGUAAAGAACCCGUUUGACUCUUACAACUUCCAGGAGAUGAACAAUUGCUUUUCCGAGUUGAAACAACAACUUGACCACAAUCUCCGAAAAUCCCACUCCAGAGUUCGUCUUCUUCACCAUGCUACUACUGGCUCCGCUAUUUGUAUCAUUGGUUUAGUUGUGGCUGUUAUGAUAGCUGCUGUGGCUGUUGCUGCUCAUGCGUUUGUUGCCAUUGUUGCUGCUCUCUUAUGUACUGCUUAUUUUCCUCGUGGUCUCACUAAAAAAGAGCUUGCCCAAUUGGCACAACUUGAAGCUGCUAGGAGGGGUACAUAUGUUAUAAACAAAUAUCUGGACACUCUUCAGCGCCUGGUUGAUCGAUUGUACUCUGCCAUUGAGGGAGACAAACGACUUGUAAGACUAGGAUUGGAAAGGGAUGGAGACAAGUAUUCCAUUGAAGAAGUGGUGAAACGGUUAAGAAAGAACAAGCUCAAUUUUGCACACCAGCUCAUGGAUCUCAAGGAACAUAUAUGCUUGUGCUUUAAGACUGUCAAUUGGGCGAGGUCUUUGCUUCUCCAGGAGAUCCAUUUUCAACGAAUUUCUAGUUCCUAACCAAUUUUAGAGACUUUUCCUCAAUCAUAUUUACAUACAUAUCUUUCUAUUCUAAGUAUGUUUGACAUUUCAACAUGCUCCCCUGCCUGGAUCUUCAAGCAGCAAUACCUGGCUCAUUCUUCUACUAUCCUUGUUUUUCCCAUCCCAAUUUAGUCAAUUUUCUUUGUAUAAGAAGCUGAUUUAUUAACUUUGGAAUUGAAUGAUUAUCCAUUUGUUUGAUAA